CCUUCAGCUGAUCAUUAAACCGCACGUACCACUUUUGUGCAAAAACGAAAAAUUUACUUAUUUGCAAAAUUUUCGCCGAGAAUAACAUAGAAUGGACGUGGAACUGCGUUUCUUAGGUCGGGAUAAGAAGUUAAGACCACGUGGACAAUUCACGUACUGCGUCCUCCCGUACAUCGAAGGUCAGCGGUACACUUUCGGCCAUUCGUAUGAGGAUUGUCGUGACGGAGGAGAAUUCUUCUUUUUGUUUAGGAUUCGAGCAUUUGGAGCGAUGGUCACCUCUGCCCGAUUUCAAAUUUCAUGUCGCCAUGGACACUACUGGAUUAAGCGGUUGUCGAACGGCCAAGAUUACGCAAUAUUCUUAAAUAAGACCGAGGUUUGUGACACAACGGACGGAAAGAAGAUCACACUUGGGGACAUGUUGGUCCUUCGGGAAGACGGGACUUAUCCACCUCCACCCUGGUGGAAAGUUUUAAAGUGGAAAGUGUUUUCAAACCAGGAGAGAAAGUAUUCCCCAGAGAAUUAUCAGUACAAAAACGUUUUCAGGUUCCAGGAGAGAUGCGUAACUUUCACCAUACCCGACCCGUCUAGGAAUCACGUAUUCCAAAUGACCAAAUAUUUCCCACGCGAUAAAACCGAAUCCUACCCGGCACUCGAAAACAUGUUGAUCCUCUCCAAAAUAUUUUCCCACAUGGGCCUCCUAACCUUGAAGAUUUGCCGCCUCGUAUCAUCCCUCUGGGAGAGUGAAGCCGUCCCCUGGCUGAAAUCUCGAUCCCAAAUUCGGUUCGGGUUUUACCCGUACAACGAACCCGCCCAGCACUCGGCGAGAUUGUUUCUCUACAGACAUGAAAUGCUCCACCUCGCCCAUCCCAAUUGGCACGUGGACUGUUUCGUUGAAGAAACAAAUGUGAUGUUUGACAAAUUUAGGGACGAUUUGGACAAGGUUCUGGAAAAUUGUCACCCAAUCCGUCGCCUAAGUUGUGACUUCCGUCACAUAAAUAACGAGCUAUUGAUUAAGGUGCUGAAUCGGGUGGCCGGUUCCUUAGAGGAAUUGGAGGUUUGUUUCCACAGUUCUGACAAUGCGCGGGAAGAUAUUACCGAAUUUUUACAGUUGGUAGAAUUCCCGCUCCUGAGAAGGCUCGAGAUUGAUAUGAGUCCUAACGUUUCUUUAACGAUUAAACCGAUAUGGUAUGAAAAGUUGGCGGGUUCGCUGAUAAGGUUGAGUGGCAAGGUGUCCACUCUGUACCUCAAGUCGUUCAUUGCCCCGCUGAAUACCCAGUUUUUGCGGGAAAUUAUGUCGAAUAGGGAAUACCCGAGGUUGAGGGAGGUUCGGAUUGGAAAAAUUGACUCGGACGGGAUGGAAAUUUUGCGGGGUUUGAGGGCGAAUUUGGUUAGGCUGGAGAUUAAAUGGUUUUCCGACGAGUGUGAGAUUCGGCAGGUGGAAGAGGUCGUGCAAAGGCAGAGGGAGUCGUUGGAGUUUCUGUAUCUCGAAGUGCCCCCGGACUGGGGGGUGGUCCCUGUGGGGGAGAUGCCUUACUUGAAAAGGAAAGACAUUUUGUUUAGACAGCUUUAAGUUCGUUGUAUUUAAGCAUUUUAAAGUUUUAAAUUCAAGUUUUUAUUUAUUCGCCCCUUAAUUUAUUAAAUUUUUAUCAAGAUAAUUGUUAAUUGCAAGAUCAAAAUCUUAAUUGCGUAGUUAUGUUGAUAAAUUAUUAGUUAAUGCUGCACACUUUAAGGGGCCUGUAAUUCUACGGAGCAUACAUAAGUGAGCCUUGUAAGAAUCUUUCAAGCAUAAAUUAUAUAUAUUGAAUUUUUGAAUGAAUAAAAUUUAUGCUAAUUAAUUAAAUUAAACCUUAA